AUGGCUGCGGUGCUGUGCGGUGCAGGAGGAAGAUGCGGGAGCGCGUGCUGGCAGAUGCUCCUAUUCGGCUCGACCGCGCUCGUGAUCCUGGCUGAAAGAGCCGCACUGAUCUACUGCUUUGCCUUCUACCUGUGGAAGGAGCAGUUGUUGUGGGCGGGGCUGACUUUUACCCUGUUGUUGCCAGGGGCAAUUGUGCAGGUGCUGAGUUUUAUGUGGUACCGGGCAGAUGGAGAACAGCGGACGUGUCACCUGCUCAUCAUACACACACUUCACCUGGGCAUCUUCAAAAGGUUGUGGGACUGCAGCGUGUGUGUGUGGCGCUCUCAGUCUCAGGCUCAGCAGGUGAUGCAGCAGGUGGAUGUGGCGGCGUUGCGUUUGCUUGAUGUUCUGCUGCUCACCCUCCCACAGGCGCUCACACACACCUACGUUCUCACAGGAGCCGAGUUCAGCCUGGCGUCACCUGUUGCACUGUGCAGUGGUGUGUGUGUGCUGUCCCUGUCCUGGGCGUUGGUGUUGUACAGUCGGGCGUGUUGUCUGGCACGUCCCGGUCACUUGCUCAUGCCCCCAGCUGCCCUGCUGUGCCAGCUGUUGUGGAGGGUGGGGCUUCUGAGUGCACGCUUCACCAGCCUUGCCCUUUUCACCCGCUCCUUCGGAUGCUGGGUUAUCGGCGUUGUGGGUUGCCAUUGGCUGAUUGCAGCGUUCUGGUUGGUUUCUCAGCAGACUGAUAUCUGCGCAGGACAGUGGGCUUGGCGUGGGUUCAACCUGGUGCUGGGUGGCGUGCACGUCUUCCUGUUCCUGAAUGUGAAGGACGGUCCGUCUCGCUACCGCAUGGCUGGCUUUUACACGGUGAUGCUGUUGGAGAAUGCCACGCUCGUCCUGGCUGCCUCCGACAUCCUCACUGAGGCAUCAUGGGAAAGCCUGGCUGUCCCCACUGGUGUCCUGUGUAGUUACCUGCUGGGUCUAACGUUUUUGCUGCUUUACUAUCGUUUCCUGCACCCGAAGUCCACAGAGAUCUCACACACACUGCAUCAUGGAGCUCAGGCAGGCAGCGCCUGUCUCGAUCAGGGUGACUCUUCUUACUCACUGGCUGACAAGAGCCUAGCUGAUCCCUCACUUCGUCCUCCGCUUUCCUCCUCCCAUCCGUCCUUCUCUCUGCUGGAGCACCCGGGGAGCUGCGGGGCGAAGGCGGGCGCAGAGUGCCGCCACCACCACUGGCUCCUCGUGCGCCUGGCACUGAAAACCGGAGACCCAAACAAAAUCGAGCGUGCUUUUGGUGCCAGAGGAGCGAUGGGAAUUGUGAGCGAAGAGCAGGACGAUGACUCGGGAGAGAAAGAAGGGGAAGGAGGAGAGGGGAUUGACAUGAAGGAUGAAGACGACACGUUGGCCCCUCUGUCUGACUGCAAGGACGAGUUCGAGAGUGUAAGCGAGGCGAGGGAAGAUGUAGAGGAAGAGGAGGCAGAUGUGGAUGUUGGGGAGGAAAUUGACAGCGUGGACUCUGAAUGGAAGCGAAGCUCUCCAGAGGGGAAGUCCGUGUUCGGAGAUAGUCCCGAGCCUGACUACUGCCCCACCGAAUCCAGCUCCACGCUCUACUUCAGUGCAGACCCACAAUCCCCAAGCAGCGCCAGUGACCCUCGUCUGGACCGAACUGAAGUUCCUGGAUCCCACCUGACGGGCCCACGCCGUCACCUAAUACUCUCCGCCAGAGGCCUGGAGGAUGACACAGGGUUCUGACCGGCUUCAAACCUGGACUUUGUGGAUUUGUUCAAAUGCAAACAUUACAUCAGUUCUAGUCAAUUAGCCCAGACUGGGUACGAGGAUAAUGCCGCUAGCAUCGGUCUCGCCCAAAAUCUUUUGUGUAAUAUUUGCCUCAAAUUGUGCCAUAUGUGUUGAUUAGGACACAGUCAUACUUUGUGUCAUCUACAAACGUAAACCGAACUGCACUGUGUGGCUGAAGCCUGAAAGGCGGCCAUCUUGGACUGAUCCGGAAACUUCUUUUUAAUUCAGCACGCCGAACGACACGCCCGCUAAGCUCCACCUCCCAGAAUUUUGAAGGUGGUGUGUGAUGAUUAAACCAUUUAUAUCAUUUGAAACUAUAAAAACUUACACUGGUGUUGCUGGAAAAGAUUUUGGACGAGACUUUGAUUAAUUGUUAGCCAAAUUAGCGUUGUAGCUUCACUGCAAAACUACUUAGCUGAUCGAC